ACAAUACAUCUACCAAAAUAAGAAACAAAUGACCUGGACACAGCGCAAGCAGAUAGAUAGGUAGAUAGGUAGGUAGGUAGCCAGGUAGCCAGGGAGGCGGACAAGUAAGCACGGGGCAAUGAGCGCAAAAAAGAAAGAAGCAGUAGCAGCGACAGCGGCAACAGUAGUAGCAGUAGUAGCAGGAGCAACAGUAGCAACAGCAAAUUGGCUGGCGGCAAGCUGGCGGCAAACUGGCAGCCCUAGGCCAGGUAGGCCGAGGGUAUGGCAGCCCGAAACAAGAUACAAUAUGGGAAAUGACACCCAAAGACCAGCAAGCAAGCUCAGGCAGUGGGCCAGCCAGGUGAUUCUCAUUGUGUGCGCCUCUUCUGGCAAAACGGUGGGGGCGGGAACACAGCAGGCGGGAGGGGGGUUUCUGGCGGUGCGUGCCAGUGGUGGUCUCAGCGGUGCGCGCUUGGGAAGCGGGAGUUGUGGUUUUUUUGGAGGGGCAUUUCACACGAAGAGCAGCCAUGUCAUUGGCGAGAACUGGGGGGGGGGGGGGGGGGAUCAAUCACCUUUUCUUCGCCAUAGUGGUGGCCAUGGUGGUGGGGAGAGAGGGCGAGAGAAAGAGAGGCGGCGGCCGACGAGCUGGUGGGAUACCAGCAGGCCCGUAUAUAGAGAGGAAGGGGGAAAUGGAGGAAAAGAAUACAAGAUAAGAAGAACACAGCAAGACAAGGCCGAUCGAGGAGGAGUGUGUGGGAAGAGUGACAAUGAGGACGAGGAUGAGGACGAGGAGAGUGGACGGGAGUCAAAUGGUGAACGAGGACAUGGACAUGGAAUGGGACAGGUCUGCACUGGGGGGGUUAGGUAGGUACCUUUAGCGGGAUGCUAGGUACCUACCUAGGUAGGGUGCUGGGUUACUGGGGGUUGUAAGUAGAGGGGGAUGCUGGGUGCUGGGUGCUGGGCGCUGACUGGGUACAGCUGUGCGCUAUCUAAUAAGUACUUCACAUAUACAGGGACCAAAUGGAGGGACUGGAUGGAAGAAG